CGUGUUACUUGUAUCCGUCGUCAUCCCUUCUGGUGGAGACCACGUGUCUGGUGAUUCAAAGGAUGGGCUUGUUAAGGAUCAUGUCACAGACUUCGAUAUUUUACUUGGAAAUGAGACGUCCGGGGUUUUGAGCAAGACAGAUAUCAAGAAGAGACUCGAAAUACUUUUUAGAAAGAUCGAUGUAAACCAAGACAAACGAGCUACAGUAGACGAGUUGAAGGAUUGGAUUUACAUUACAAUAAUGGCGACGUUUUGGGAACAUACGAAACAUCUGUUCAAAGAAAAGCUGAUACUGAUAGCGAUGGUAUGAUUUCAUGGAAUGAAGUUUUAAUUUUUAAUUUCGGUGUAGCAGAAGAUACAAAUGAUAAGCAAUACAAAGACAACACUCAAGAGAUCGAACAAGACCAACUUCGUUUUGAUUUAGCAGACGACAACAAUGACGGUUUACUGACCGUAGAGGAAUGUUUUGUUUUUCUUCAUCCCGAAUUAUAUAACCAUAUGAAGGAUCUAAUCACAUGGAAGUUUUUCGCUGAGUAUGACAAGGACAAAGACGGUAGCAUUUCAUUAGUGGAGUACAUUGGCAAGAAGUCACGUCACGAAGAAAAAUGGGUCAGCAAAGCUAACAAAGCCAAGAAGGCAUUUGAGAUAAUUGACAGCAACAAAAAUGGGAAACUGGAAGUACCUGAAGCAUUGGCGGUCUUGUUGCCGAACUAUCAUCGUGACGCACAGGAUGAGGCCAGUAAAAUAAUGAAAAACGUUGACGAAAAUGGUGAUGGCCAACUGAGUUUGAAGGAAGUCAAAAAACACUACAAGGUGUUCACAGAGAAUGAACAUGUUGAUUUCACUUCUCAGUUACGGAGAAUCAGAGAUGAACUUUGA